AUGACGCCCAGCUCCGUCCUCCACUGGGUGCAGGAGGAGCUGAGCAGCGAGGAGUCCACAGCCAUGACGCUGGCGUUGCUGGAAGACUGGUGCAGGUGGAUGGGCGUGAACGCUCAGUGCGCCCUGCUCGUCCUGGACAUCCCUGAGGACUGUGCGGAGGACGAGUUCCAGGAGGCCGUGCGAGGCACCUUGGGCCCCCUGGGCACUUACCGCGUGCUGGGCAAAGUGUUCAGAAAGGAACUGGGCUCCAGGGUCGCCUUGUUGGAAUUCUCUGAGUACUUAAACCGGAGCGUGAUUCCCCAACAGAUCCCAGGCAGAGGGGGUCCCUGGAGGGUCAUCUGCAUGCCCGAGGUCCCUCAGGGUGCUGAAGGAGGAGCUGCAGGGGAGGAGGAAGCAGCCCGGGAGGCAGGAGAGGAGAAUUUGGCUGAAGGUGGGGCUGAGGGAGGAGCCCCAGAGCAGGGAGGAGAGGAGAAUGGGCCAGAGGUUUGGGUUGACGAUGGCGCUGCAGGGGAAGCAGGAAUGCAGAAUUGGGGUCAGGCAGGUGCUGAGGGAGGAGGCCCAGGUGAGGUGGGAGCUGCAGGGGACACCGGCUAUGAGGAGGUUCCAGGUGCCUUGGGUGCAGCAGCCGCCCUGGAUCUGGUUGGAGAGCCGGGAGAGGCCGAGUCCUGGGUGCAGCAGUGGAGGCACGCCCUGCAGCCCAUCCUGGAGAGCCUGGCCUACCAAGAGCUGAGACCCUUCUCUGGGCUGGAAGAGCCGGGCUCCGGGGAGGAGCCCUUUGAGGGCUGGCUGGACCACGCUUACGACGUGCUGUACCUGUGGCGCCACGUGUCGGAGACGGAAAGGCGAAGGCGGCUGGUGGAGUGCCUGAGCGGCCCGGCCCUGGAUCUCCUCUGCGGCCUCCUGACGGAAGACCCUGAGCUCCCGGCCCAGGACUGCCUGAUGGCGCUGGUGCAGGUGUUUGGGGCCCAGGAUCCGUGCUCCAGGGCUCGGCUCAAGCUCCUCACCUGCACCCAGGGUCCCCUGGAGAGCCUGUCUGCCUUUGUGAAGCGGCUGGAGGGCCUGCUGCAGAAGGCCAUAGAGAAGGGGGCCGUGCACCCGGCAGUUGCUGACCAGGUGCGCACCAGGCAGGUGCUGAUGUGGGCUCGUCCCAGCGCCAUCCUUUACGACAAGCUGAGGUGGAUGCGGCUGGAUGGCCGGCCUCCUGGCUUCCUGGAGCUGCUGCAGCUCAUCGGGGAGACAGAGAGGCAGGAGGCUCCCCAGGCUCAGGAGGAGGUGGGAGCGGUGGGUGGAGCCCUGGCCGCUGGGCCCCCCGCCCUAGCUGAGCCCCAGGAAGGCCCGCCAGGGGAAGUGGGUGCAGCCCCCGGGGAGGAGGGUGCUCCCACCCCUGGAGAAGAUGCUGCACCAGGUGAAGGGGGUGGCCCAGUGGGUCAAGAUUAA